CAGCACACGGCCAAAGCAGGUUCAUCCAAAUCGGCGCCGCAAGGGCCCAUCCAUCCAAGAUCCCAACGGAAUCCUGUCUCCAUCGAGAGCCCAACGCAAGCACAGACCCGCCAUGGCAGACCAUACCCGCUGUCCCAUCUGCCAGUUCCUGAUCUCGGCAAGCGACUUUGAGUUUCAUUAUCAGUCCGAGCUCAAGCGGCUCGAGAUAUGCGGCGCCGACAUUGACGACCCCGAGCCCGAAGACGACAGUCCCAAGCCCAAGAAACGAGGAGCCGCAAUCGCCGCACGCAACCAGAUCUCGUCGACAGCCAAGGGCAAAGCAGCAUCAGAGCGGUCGCAGCUGGACCAACAGGAACAGGUUCUCUAUCGCAUUCGGAGCGGCCGGAUCAAGAGGGCCCAGAAAUCCCAGCCCAAAGAUACCAAGAAACGGGGGCGCAACGAUUCCGAGUAUACCAACCGCUGCUGUGUGUGCGAUGAGCUGCUGCCAAACGACGACGAGCUAGUCAAUGCCCACAUCGACGCCUGUCUCGGCCGGCAGGGUGGUCUGUACGGAUCCAGAGACGAACAUGGGCGACGACAGGAUGCCUUGCGGACAGCAAAUGUAGCGGCAGGCCGAGGAACGAGCACAGGCAGCCGGCAUGUCCCCGGCCCAGCCUCGACAUUCGGAGACAGCUACGAGAUCGAAGGGCUCGGCGUUCGUCAGCGAGUCACCAGCAUGCUCGAGGGUGGCUUUGAAGCCUAUGGAUUCACCGUCCACAAGCGCACGGACAAGGAUAUCGACGAGGAUGUUGACAUUGACGACGACGGCACCCAGGAGUUUGGCGAGGCCCAGUUCUCGGAAGCCGAUCUGGGUGCAUUCCGGCAAGCUGACGAACAGCCGGAAGGCAUGGGAUCGGAGUCGCGGACGAUGGCCGCCGAAAGCACUGGAGACAGCACACGCAGCCAGAGCGACAACGAUAACGGUGCGAGCAUACAGGCCGGCCCCAGCCAACUGAUUAUCGAGUCGCUCAAGACACGCAUCCGGCAGCUGGAGGCACUGAACAAGACGCGAAGCCAGAUCUGCUGCCUGAUCUGCAUGGAGGACUAUCAAGACCCCGUUGCCUCGAUCCAGUGCUGGCAUGUCCACUGCGAAAAGUGCUGGCUUGGCGCGCUGGCCGCCAAACGGCUCUGUCCGCAAUGCCAAAAAAUCACUGCAACAUCCGACCUCCGCCGGAUCUACUUGUAAAAUAGAGUCAUUGAUGCAUCCACCACAGCCGGUUCGCGACCGACGCAGCUCCAGCCACCAUUCGGGCCCGCAUAGAGCAGCGAAUGGCAUCUCACAUUCUGCGCUGCCAUGGUAACAGGGCACGAGCCGAGACCAUGAGAGC